UCUGGCGUCCCACCAGGCUGCAGGGGAGUGCCCAGGCCCGCGGGGUCCCGGGAGAGCCCUCACCGCAGCGCGGCGCACCAGCAGGUCUCUGCGACCGGUCCCUCCACCGCUCCAGCGCCUGCCAGGGACGCCAGUUCCCUCCUGCUCAGCCUGGCGCAGCCGGGCUCCGGGGGCUGGAGCGCGCCGACGACACCAGCGGGUCCGGCGCCCCCAGAGUGGGCUGCCUGUGCCGCGGCCUGGACGCGCCAGGGCCAUUCCACAGCCCUUCCCCCCAGCGCGGCCAACCGCCUGGGGGAUCAGCCCACCCCCACAGCGGCUCGCUCCUCCCUCUGACUCCAGUGCAUCCCCGUCUCCAGCGCCAGACGCUGCCAAGCUCACUCCGCCAGCAGCUCCCUGGAGUCGCGCUGGGCGCUGCAGCGGCUGGGCCGCGGGAGCUCCGCGCGCACAAGACCCAGAGGGCCGCAGCAGCCGGCGUACCCUCGGGUUCGGCGGCACCAUGAACGGCUCGGGUGGCCCUGGGGCCGAGGACCUGAGCGAGAUGGGUGGCGGGGGCAGCUGGCAGCCCGAGGCGGUCAUCGUGCCCACGCUGUUCGCGCUCAUCUUUCUCGUGGGCACCGUGGGCAACACCCUGGUGCUGGCCGUGCUGCUGCGCGGCGGCCGGGCCAUCAGCACCACCAACCUGUUCAUCCUCAACCUGGGCGUGGCCGACCUGUGUUUCAUCCUGUGCUGUGUGCCCUUCCAAGCCACCAUCUACACCCUGGACGGCUGGGCGUUCGGCUGGCUGCUCUGCAAGGCCGUGCACUUCCUCAUCUUCCUCACCAUGCACGCCAGCAGCUUCACGCUGGCCGCCGUCUCCCUGGACAGGUACCUGGCUAUCCGCUACCCGCUGCACUCCCGCGAGCUGCGUACGCCUCGCAACGCGCUGGCCGCCAUCGGGCUUAUCUGGGGGCUGUCGCUGCUCUUCUCUGGGCCCUACCUGAGUUACUAUCGCCAGUCAAGGUUGGCCAACUUGACCGUGUGCCACCCGGCGUGGAGCGCGCCCCGACGCCGGGCCAUGGACAUCUGCACCUUUGUCUUCAGCUACCUGCUGCCUGUGCUGGUGCUCGGCCUGACCUACGCGCGCACUCUGCGCUACCUUUGGCGCGCGAUGGACCCGGUGGCCGCCGGCUCAGGCGCCCCGCGCGCCAAGCGCAAGGUGACGCGCAUGAUCAUCAUCGUGGCAGCACUCUUCUGCCUCUGUUGGAUGCCUCACCAUGCGCUUAUCCUCUGCGUCUGGUUCGGCCACUUCCCACUUACGCGCGCCACCUACGCGCUACGCAUCCUCUCGCACCUGGUCUCGUACGCUAACUCGUGCGUCAACCCCAUCGUCUACGCGCUGGUCUCCAAACACUUCCGAAAGGGCUUCCGCAAGAUUUGCGCGGGUCUGCUGCCCCGCCCCCCGCGCAGAACCUCAGGCCGCGAGUGCGUUGCUGCGCAGGGCACCCGUAGCAGCAGCGUGCUGGAGCGCGAGUCCACUGACUUGACGCACGUGAGCGAGGCUGCGGGGGCCCUCUAGCCUUGCGCAGGCGCCUCCCUGCGGCCCGGCCUCGCGCGGAGUCGCGGGCCCCUGCUGGCGGGACCAGAAGGUCCUCAACGGCACGUUGACAGUUAACAUGACUUAAACGCACUUAGGAUGUUAAAGGAUUGGAGUCAGAGGUGGGGGAAUCGUGGAUGGAGUUUCCUCUGUCAAUAUAAUAAAAAGCGCGCACCAUUUCACGUGCA